AUGGCGAAGAGACCAGUCAAGCAAUUCAUCGAACAGAAGCUCGGGAAAUUCCUGUGCAUUGUGAUAUACAUUCUUCUUGAAUGGGUGAUGAUAGUUUUGCUGUUCGUUGACGGCUUGAUUGCUUGUGCUGCCAAUGAAUUUGCUCGUUUCUUUGAACUGAGAAUCCCAUGCUUGUUCUGCACGAGGAUUGAUCAUGUUCUGGUUCACAGAGAUCCUGAUUUUUAUUACAAUGAUUCUAUAUGCGAAAGUCACAGGAAGGAUGUUUCAUCUCUUGCAUAUUGUCAUGUUCACCAAAAAUUAGCUGAUAUAAGGCGGAUGUGCGAGGGUUGUCUUCUGUCUUUCGCUACGGAGGAUAAGUCUGACUGCGAUACCUAUAGAUCUUUGGUAGGGAUUUUGGGUAAAGAUCUUGAAUGUUCUGUUGAAGAUGAUCAUAAAAUUCAUUUGAGACUACCGGCUAGUGGGAAGAUAGACAUUUUACAGCUUGAGAAGAGCAGCAUUCAUCGGUGUUCUUGUUGUGGGGAACCAUUGAGGAUUAGGACUUCGUUUCCACAGGGAUUGAACGGAAGCCAUUUCCCCCAAACUCCUGCACCAUCUCCCCGAGGAUUAUUAGUGAAGACAAAACCAGAGGAAAAAUCACGAGGUUCUGAUACAUUGCCUCAUAUUAGGUAUACAGAGCUCAAAAUCACCUCCGACACCGAAUCAGAGAUUCCAGAGGAUGAGGAUGGGUCAAUCUCGUUAACUCCAGAGAAUCAAUCAGGUAGAGAAGAUGUCAAAGCUGCUGCUGUGCCAUUGCUGGUAGAAUUGAACGAGGAUGCUUGCAGGACGCCUAGUUUUAGUAAAGGAAGCAGGUUAUCCGCAAUCACCUUAUCAGAUUCUGCAAUUGAAAGCCCUAGGUGGUUUCAAAAGCUUCCCAGGAAGUUUGCUAUUGAAAAACAAGAACCGAGUACAGAGUUUGUGGAAGGAAGUUCUACAACUGAAGUAGAUCCUGAAACCAUUCUGCUUCGUUUGAAGAGACAAGUUCGACUGGACCGCAAGUCAUUGAUAACUUUGUAUAUGGAAUUGGAUGAAGAAAGAAAUGCUUCUGCCAUUGCUGCAAACCAGGCAAUGGCCAUGAUCACCAGGUUGCAGGCAGAAAAAGCAGCUGUGCAGAUGGAGGCCUUGCAGUAUCAGAGAAUGAUGGAGGAGCAAGCUGAGUAUGAUCAAGAGGCCUUGCAAGAUAUGAAGGAUCUUCUUAUCAAAAGAGAGCAGGAAAUAAGGAUUUUGGAGGCAGAGUUAGAGGCUUACAGGGAAAGUUCCGGACAUGGAAGAGUUCUUGGUAUUGACAGCUUUAGCGCAAAUGCUGAUGAAGAUUACGUUCAGUUGAAGUCUGCGUCCGAAUCAUCUGUUAGUGGAUGUUGUGAAUGUGGUAGCCCUCCUGCUGAUAUUGAUGUAGAAGAGGGGAAUGGGGAACAAGAGCAUAAUUCUGACCAAAUUGGGCCAUCGCUAGAAUCAAAUAGGCAGCUAAUUCGUGAUGAACCAUUGUUAGACAUUGAAAAUGAGAAGUUAUAUCUUUUGGAUCAGUUGAAACAGUUGGAGAUGAGGAUUCACCUAUCUCAGAAUAGCUCUAACAUAGAUAAUCUCAAUGAGGAAGACAAAGGAGACAUGAGUAGCAACAUCAUGACCAAAGAAAUAUCUCGUCUCAGUGAAAAGUUGGAAGCCCUUGCAGCAGAUAGGGAAUUCUUAAAGCAUGCUGUUCGGUCACUCCACAAAGGUGGUGAAGGAACCCAGCUUCUGAGAGAGAUAGCUCUACAUCUUCGGGAGCUUCGGUGUGCAGAGAAGAGGCCUGUGGAUGGUAUUGCUGAUUGAGUUUGUUUCAUUUAAGUCAUUUUGAUGGCAAACAAGCAAGGGAAGUAUCAGCAGUCACUAAUCCUUCUUUUGAGAGUUUUUUACCAAGCUAACAACCGAGCACUUUAUGUUGAGAGGGAAAAACAUUUCAAUUUUGGGACAAGAACAAAACAAUUAAUGUCAUGGAUCAAGGCAUCAAAGUCUUCUGGCCUUUU